AUGAUGGUGGAAUCCGCCUCGGAGACAAUCAGGUCGGCUCCGUCUGGUCAGAACGGUGUGGGCAGCCUCUCUGGGCAGGCCGAUGGCAGUGGCAGCAGCAGCGGCGGCGGGGCUGGGGCUGCGGGCACUGCCGGAGGCGGUGCGGGCAGGGACGGCAGGGACGUGGCGGCCAGCGCAGACAGCAACGGCGAGAUGAGCCCUGCGGAGCUGCUGCACUUUCAGCAGCAACAGGCUCUCCAGGUGGCCCGGCAGUUCCUGCUGCAGCAAGCCUCGGGCCUGAGCUCCCCAGGGAACAAUGAGAGCAAGCAGUCGGCCUCUGCUGUGCAGGUGCCCGUGUCGGUGGCCAUGAUGUCGCCGCAGAUGCUCACCCCUCAACAGAUGCAGCAGAUCCUGUCGCCCCCACAGCUGCAGGCCUUGCUCCAGCAGCAGCAAGCGCUCAUGCUCCAGCAGCUGCAGGAAUAUUACAAGAAGCAACAAGAGCAACUCCACUUACAACUCCUCACCCAACAGCAGGCUGGGAAGCAGCAACCCAAAGAGGCACUGGGGAACAAGCAGCUGGCCUUCCAGCAGCAGCUCCUACAGAUGCAACAGUUGCAGCAGCAGCACCUGCUCAACCUGCAGAGACAGGGGCUGGUCAGCCUGCAGCCCAACCAAGCCUCCGGGCCCCUCCAGACCCUCCCGCAAGCAGCUGUGUGCCCGACGGACCUGCCCCAGCUGUGGAAGGGCGAGGGUGCCCCUGGGCAGCCCGCCGAGGACAGCGUCAAGCAGGAGGGGCUGGACCUCACUGGCGCGGCCACCACUGCUACCUCGUUUGCCGCCCCCCCCAAAGUCUCACCCCCCCUCUCCCACCACACCCUGCCCAAUGGACAGCCCACUGUGCUCACACCUCGGAGAGACAGCUCCUCCCACGAGGAGACGCCAGGCUCCCACCCCCUCUACGGACACGGAGAGUGCAAGUGGCCCGGCUGUGAGACCCUGUGUGAAGACCUGGGCCAGUUUAUCAAACACCUCAACACAGAGCACGCCCUGGACGACCGGAGCACGGCCCAGUGCCGCGUGCAGAUGCAGGUGGUGCAGCAGCUGGAGAUCCAGCUCGCCAAGGAGAGCGAGCGGCUGCAAGCCAUGAUGGCCCACCUGCACAUGCGGCCCUCCGAGCCCAAGCCCUUCAGCCAGCCACUGAACCCAGUCCCCGGCUCCUCCUCAUUCUCCAAGGUGACCGUCUCUGCAGCCGACUCGUUCCCAGAUGGUCUCGUGCACCCCCCAACCUCGGCCGCUGCUCCUGUCACUCCCCUACGGCCCCCUGGCCUGGGCUCUGCCUCCCUGCACAGUGGGGGCCCUGCCCGCCGGAGGAGCAGUGACAAGUUCUGCUCCCCCAUCUCCUCAGAGCUGGCCCAGAACCACGAGUUCUACAAGAACGCUGAUGUCCGGCCCCCCUUCACCUACGCCUCCCUCAUCCGCCAGGCCAUCCUGGAAACCCCCGACAGGCAGCUGACCCUGAAUGAGAUCUACAACUGGUUCACCAGGAUGUUCGCCUAUUUCCGGAGAAACACGGCCACCUGGAAGAACGCGGUGCGACACAACCUCAGCCUGCACAAGUGCUUCGUGCGCGUGGAGAACGUCAAGGGCGCUGUGUGGACAGUGGACGAGCGGGAGUACCAGAAGCGGAGGCCGCCAAAGAUGACGGGGAGCCCCACGCUGGUGAAGAACAUGAUCUCGGGACUCAGUUAUGGAGCACUUAACGCCAGCUAUCAGGCUGCCCUGGCCGAGAGCAGCUUCCCCCUCCUCAACAGCCCUGGCAUGCUGAACCCCAGCUCCACCAGCAGCCUCCUGCCCCUCAGCCACGACGACGUGGGCGCGCCCGUGGAGCCCCUGCCCAGCAACGGCAGCAGCAGCCCCCCUCGUCUCUCCCCACCCCAGUACAGCCACCAGGUGCAGGUGAAAGAGGAGCCGGCCGAGGCGGAGGAAGACAGGCGGCCAGGCCCUCUCUUGGGGCCCCCCAACCCCAGCACCACAGGACCUCCAGAAGACAGGGACCUGGAGGAGGAGCUGCCGGGAGAGGAACUGUCCUAAGGGCCUCUAGGGGCAGGCAGGGCAGGGGUGAGACCCCCUCCCUCCCCAACCCAGGCCCCACCUACCCCCACUCCACGCCCCGCCCGAACCUCAAGGCACUUCCGGGACUCAGAUGGGGGGGCUGGGCCAGCAACUCCCACGGUGACCUGACUGACCUACGACCCUCAGGGGGGCAGAGAAGGGCCCGCCCCCGAGGGGACACAGAACCCCUGGUCUGGGACCGGCAGAGGACGCGGAGGGCCCAGACCCCUCCUCAGACCUUCCCCUACAUCCGAAUCCCGCCUGCCUCCCGCAACCACCAGCAGCCGCAGGGCCCUCCUCCCCCACCAGCUCUCCCCACAGGGCCCCUCAGUGCCAUGGAGACCCGCAGGCGGGGCUAAGCCACCUCUCAAACCCAGGGCCCCCCCUACCCCCCGCACCUGGCUUUGGCAGUAUUUUCUGGCCAGAGACCCCCACUUCCCUAAUUUGUGCUCCCUUCCACCUUCUUGUCCAUACUGUGAAAAAAUAACUCCAGCUCCACUCCUACCCCUGCCCUGGCCUGGGUCUUAGAGCAGCUCCAAAAGAAACCUGCCCCUGAAGCUGGGCCCAUUCGAAAGCCACAGCUGGGGUGGGACAAGUCGUGUGCCCCGGGGAGGCCGUGGGCCUAGGCGUCCAGCUCCAGCCCCUCCCCCCAGGCUGAAUUGGGCCUCCAGCCCCAUUUGCUGGAUGCUGUCCCCCACGCCAGGAACCGUAGGAGGGGCCCUGGUGCCCACCUCUCCCAAGAGAGGCCUGUGCCAGGUGGACUUACAGAGGUGGAGCUGCUGAAGGCAGCCGAGUGACCCUGGAGGCUGGAGUUGGGACCAGAGAUGGUGCCAGGACCCUGCCUCCGUCAUAGAAAGUGGGGACUAAAACCAGGCUUGAGGGGCUGGCGGGGUGAAUACAGUGGCGGCUGGGACCCAGCAGGUCUCUCCCACCCCAGCCCUCAGGUCCCCCGUGGCGUCUUCCCCCCACCCCACCCUCGGCACCCCUUCCCUGUCCCCCAGUUACACGGAUGACCAAAGACCUUUCUUAUGCCGGAAGCAAAAACCAAAACUUUUCGUUGGCUUUUUCCUUUGUCACCUCCCACACCCCCAGCUCCUCCCGCUCCUCCCCACCCUGGCCCCAGGCUGGAAGCCCUCCCUCCACUUAAGUUAUUGUUUUAAACCAAAGUUUACAGUGUCUGUUGGUGGCCAAGACCCUCUCUCUCCACCCUCCCUCCACCCCACCCUGAGGACCCUGCUCCCCUCCCCUCUGGUCUUGCUGGGCCUGGGGGAAGGAAAGAGGGCAGAGGGGAGGAGGUGGGCAGCCCUCAUCCCCUUGGGCAGUGGAUGUGGGAGCCCUCUUCCCAACCCUGGGCUGCUCCCUGGGGACUCUCCAGACCCCUCUCCAGGACCAAGUCCCCAUCACACUGGGAGUGUGGAUUCCAGCCAAAGAGCUGGAAAAAAAGUGAGACUCUCCACAGACCCCCUAUGGGGGACCCCAAUUCAGGGCCAAGGACUGGGUGUGUUAGAUGCUGAUGACACCCCAGGCCAGGCCCCUUUGCUGAGAAGAUUCCUUGGACUAUCCCAAGAAAUCCCUACAUACACCCCUUCACAAGCCACCCCUCCCGAGAGGCAGGGGGCCCUCCGCCCCCUUCCCUAUGUACUCCCCACCUGUGUUCUGUUUGACCAGCACAGAAAUAUUAAACGUCCUCUACUCACCGGG